AUUCCGGGUCCUCUCCGGUGACGUUCUGUACAGUAACUGUCCCCUUGUUUGCUAAUUGUGAUCAUUUGCAUGACACGUAGAUAAAUAAAAGCAAUUAAAUUAGUCUACUAUAUUAUUUAAUAAUUGGAUUUCCGACUACAAAAUUGUGUUUAUUCACCGACGUGGAGCGUAUGCGUAACCGCACCCGAAGGAGGAAGCCGUUCACUCCAAAUAUAAAUUCCCUUUUCAGUUAGGAGGCCUUUCGCUCCGGUUUUAGCUUCCUUCGCUCUCAGGCAUUUUACCUUUCUCUUCUUCUUCUCUACUCCCAAUCAACCGGACUCUCAUGCUUCCUGUUUUCUCUUGCUUUCUCUCCAUGUCAAUUUAAUAUUCCUCAGGAGUUUUCAGCAAAGCCUAGCAUUUCUCAUUUUAUUCCAGUUUUUUUUAUAUUAAUUUUUUUUUUCAAAUUCAAAUGUUUAUUAGCUGACCUGAGAGAGAUAAAGUUGGAAUUGGAUCAAAUGGAGAACUCAAUCCUAGGUAAUGGAACUGCCAAUGAUGGAAUUAUAAAGAACGGUGUGUGCUCUUCGGAGUCGGUCAAUGGAAGCUGCGAUGUCAGGAGUUGUAAGGAUUCUGAUUCUUCUUCUGCUGAUCAUCUUGUUAUCAUGGUCCACGGUAUCCUCGGAAGUGCCUCAGAUUGGAAGUUUGCAGCUGAGCAAUUUGUUAGAAUGCUUCCUGAUAAAGUGAUUGUUCAUUGCAGUGAACGAAAUAUGUCUAGGCUGACUCUUGAUGGUGUGGAUGUGAUGGGUGAGCGGUUGGCUAAUGAGGUCCUUGAAGUGAUUGAGAGAAAACCAAAUUUACGAAAGAUUUCUUUGGUUGCACAUUCUGUGGGAGGACUGGUGGCAAGAUAUGCAAUUGGGAGAUUGUAUCGAUCACCCCAGAAAGAAAAUGUAGAGGAUUCAGCAGCUGAAACACGUGAAGAGCAUGUAAAGGCUACAAUAGGUGGCUUAGAGGCUAUCAACUUCAUCACUGUUGCUACACCUCACCUUGGCUCAAGAGGGAAUAAGCAGGUACCUUUUCUUUUCGGUGUAACUGCCUUUGAGAAAGCUGCAGGUCUUGUUAUUCAUUGGAUAUUUAAGAGAACAGGUCGACACCUUUUUCUCACUGAUGCUGAUGAGGGGAAGCCUCCAUUGCUUAAACGCAUGAUAGAAGAUUAUGCUGAUUGCUUUUUCAUGUCUGCUUUGCGUACAUUCAAGCGUCGCGUUGUGUAUUCAAAUGUGGGCUAUGACCAUAUUGUGGGCUGGAGAACCUCAUCCAUUAGGCGUAAAAAUGAAUUACCAAAGUGGGAAGAUAAUGUGAAUGAAAAAUAUCCACAUAUUGUAUAUGAAGAACGCUGCAAAGCCUAUGACGCUGAAGAAUGCAAUCUUGUAUCAAUAGAGGAUAAUUACUUUGACAAACUAGAAGAGGAACUGGUGACAGGUCUAUCCCGGGUGUCCUGGGAAAAAGUAGACGUUAGCUUCCACACAUGCAGACAGAGGUUUGCUGCUCACAGUGUCAUUCAGGUCAAAGAUCACACAAUGCAUAUAGAAGGUGCAGAUGUCAUACAACAUAUGAUUGAUCAUUUUCUUCUUUAGAUGCCAAUAAUUCAUAAAUUUAACAUAUCUGGGGGCAAGAUCCUAUAGCGAUGUACCAUGAAUAUUCUUAUGAAAAUCCUUCCAUCCUGAACUGUGGAGCUGUACCUAAAUUUCCAUUGGUGGUGGAUUGAAAUUUGGCUACUUUCUCGGUGAUGGCAAACACGACUAGAACUGUGACUAAAUCAGCAUUCAAGGGAAAUUUUGUUUAUCCAUUACUAGUAAUUACAUAUACAUAACAAUAUCAAUUAACUCCGUAA